AAAAACAUAUUUGACGAUCUUGUCGUUGUCAUUGUGAGUUGUGACGAUCAGGUUAUUGCUUGUGCGUAUUGUUCUUUGAAUUGUGCAAUUACGGCGAAUGUUCCAGUACCUUUUUAUAAAUUGUAUAUUCGUUGUGCGAUAAACUUUAUUAGAUAAGCGUUAAACUUAAUUUGUUAUUAGAAGUCGGCAUAUCAAAUGAUUAUAAGAAAAUAAUCAACAAUGGGAAGUCAAACAGCAGUCUUGACAAUCUGUUUAUUUUUAAUCAUUAAUGUAACGUAUAUAACAUCGACAACUUUAAGUGGUACUUCAGACGUUUCUGUAAACGGAAACAUCAAAAUCUACGAAGCCGAGGUUAGCUCUUCUAAUGAUCAUCACACAUUAAGAAAACGAGAUGUUGGAAAAGAGUUUCACAAAAGCAACAUUACAACUAAAGUGAACCAGCUCAAUGAUUCCCACCAACAGCUGAUGGUGCACUGGGCAGGUGAAGGCUCAGAUGUAGUCAUUUGCUUGGCCAAAGAUUCCAAUACUGCAAAUUUUGCUAAACCCUCUGCAGUCUACAUAUCCUACAACUAUGGCGACUCUUUCGACAACAAGACUGAAUUUUUCAAGUUCUCGCAACCAGAUGGAAAACCUGUGUUUGCUUCCAUUGAUAAAUUUUUCACCCAUCCUAAAUUCAUCAGUCACCUGGUGUUUUUGGAUAUUGUUCAUAAGGUUAUAUUUACAACAACAGACUAUGGGAAGAGUUUCAAGUACUAUUCUCUCUCCUUUAAUCCUGUGGACAUCUCUUUUCAUCCGGAGAAUCCUUCUUUGUUUCUGAUUCAUGAUGACAAGCAUUCAUUAUGGGUCACAACAGAUUUUGGGAUGACAUGGAGUCGCAAUCAGGAGUUUGUGAAGGUAUAUUUCUGGGUGGUAGAAGACAAUGGGGAGCAAUACCUAGUGGUUCAGCGUGAGGAGCCAACUACAUCAUCCGUUAUAGCGGUGACUGGGUUAUUGCCUGGCCAAACCUCCUCACUGAGCUUGGUUAUUCGUGAUGUUGUUGACCUCUGGGUCAAGGGCGAGUUCAUGUUCGUCACCCGCAAAGACCCCAAGGAUGCUCAAAGCCUGGAUCUGCUGGUAUCACACAAACGAGGAGAGUUCAAGAAGGCUGUGUUCCAGUCAGAGCUUCGUUGCCAGGCGUAUCAUAUUGUGGAUGCAGACAGUGUACGUGUGAUGGUAGCAGUGAGUCACUCUGAGUACAUGGCCAACCUAUAUGUUUCUGAGCUGAUUUCUGACUCCAAUGACAUCAAGUUCAGUCUGUCCCUAGAACGAGUCUUCUGUUAUUUCCAGGACAAGAUGUGGACUGACUCAUGGCUCAGAUUGCAGUCUAAUGUUAAAGAUGAGAAAGAACCGAGAAUUAAUUUCGAUUUAUCAGACAAAUCAUUUGCGGAUGUACACAAAGUGGAAGGGAUGAAAGGCAUUUACAUUGCCUCACAAGUGCUGGACACGGUUGGCAUCAACCCUGGAGUAGAACACCUGCGUAGUGUCAUAACCUUCGACUGGGGUGGAGAGUGGAGACCUAUUGCAGCCCCCCACUACUCUUCUGACCAUCAGCCUAUCCAAUGCAAUGCAGCCAACAACUGUUCGCUGCACCUGUCACAGAAGUUCGCCCAGAUGUAUCCAGUGACAAGAGCUGCACCGAUCCUUAGCUCCAAGUCUGCACCAGGAGUGAUCCUUGCCACUGGAACCCUUGGCUCCUCGUUGAAGGGCCAUGUUGGUCUGUACAUGAGCCAAGACGCAGGGCUUACCUGGUCUCAGAUUUUACAAGAAUACUAUCUAUUCAACUUUGGAGACCAUGGUGGUGUGUUGGUGGCCGUAAAGUAUUUCAAGUCCAAUGGGGAAACCAAUAUACUGAAGUACUCUACUGAUGAAGGUGAGAGCUGGAAGGAUCAUGCGUUUACUGAUGAAGAUCUCAGAAUCUAUGGGCUGAUGACGGAGCCUGGUGAAAAUACGACCAUCUUCACCAUGUUUGGAUCUGCCCGAUCCCAACACCAAUGGCUUAUUGUCAAGGUUGACCUCAAGAAUGCUUUUACUUACAACUGCACUCCUGACGAUUACAAGUUCUGGUCGCCCAGUAGUGGUGAUGAGGGGGUAAAGAUGACCUGCAUCCUGGGAGUCAAGGAGACGUACGAACGCCGUGUGCCUCACUCUAAUUGUUAUAAUGGCAAAGACUACGACCGACCCAUAAAAAUGGAGGUGUGCCCGUGUGAUGCAGAGGACUUUGAGUGUGAUUUUGGAUUUGACAGAGCAGUGGGCAUGGCCCAGUGUAUACGCAACAAGAAGACCUUAUACAAUCCUUAUGCAGUGCCAGAAUGGUGUCAGCCCGGGCAGUUUUACAACCGCACCAAGGGUUACCUCAAGAUAGAAGGUGAUGCCUGUGUAGGGGGCCGAGACCGUCACUUCCUGCCUGACUUGUUGCCGUGCCCAUACGAUGAACGCAAAGAGUUCCUGCUACUUGCUCAGAAGGACCGAAUUGUCCGAUUUGAUCUUGCCACAUUACAAAGAGAAGAACUGCCCAUCAAAGGUCUACAAAAUGUGAUAGCAGUGGACUUUGAUAUCCACAACAAUUGUGUGUACUGGGCGGACAUCAUCAACGAUACCAUCUCGCGCCAAUGCCUUGGUAAGGACAACACUAAUACCAGUGAGAUACUGGUGGAGAAUGACUUAUCUUCAGUGGAGGGUAUGGCUCUGGACUGGAUGUCCAACAUGCUAUACUUUGUGGAUGGUAUCAAAUGUCGUAUUGAAGUGAUCAGAACCGACAUUGAUCACGAGGGCCGCAUGAGAUACACAGUCUUAGGACCUAGUGUCCUCAGAAAACCUCGAGGCAUUGCUGUCCACCCUGCAGCUGGGUACAUGUACUGGACAGACUGGGCUGUUGGAGACCCUUGUGUAUCUAGGGCUUCUUUGGAUGGCUCAGGAGUGAAACGUCUGUUUGGCAAGCCCGAUGUGGAGUGGCCCAAUGGAAUUACCAUUGACUACAUCGCAGAAAGGAUUUAUUUUGUUGAUGCCCAUGAAGAUUUCAUAGGUAGUGCUGACCUUGAUGGCAAACACUUCCGAAAAAUCAUUCAUAACAAGGAGGAAGUGACACAUCCGUUCGCAGUUGCAGUAUUCAAGGACAUCAUGUAUUGGGAUGACUGGAAGCAGAAUGGACUAUAUUCUGCAGAUAAGGACCAUGGUGUCAGCAUACGGGCAAUAGACACAAAUCUGCCUGGUCUAAUGGAUCUGAAAGUGUAUGCACACAGCCUACAGGAGGGCAGCAACCGGUGCAGCGGAGGCAAGACUUGCUCCUACCUAUGUUUUGCCCGACCAAACAACCAGAGCACAUGUCAGUGCCCGGAUGCCUUGGAGUUAUUCAAUGGCGAAUGCUACUGUCCUGGCAGAGUUGUCAAGCCAUAUGCCAACGGCACAUGUCCUGAAGACAAAGACAAGAAGUGCUCACCAGAUCAUUUCAAGUGCAACAAUGACCUUUGCAUCCCCAAACUGUGGAAAUGCGAUGGAGACAACGACUGUGGGGAUUUCUCUGAUGAGUACAACUGCGGGGCUCUAACCUGUCAGCCAGACCAGUUUCAGUGCAACUCUAGCGGCAAAUGUAUCAGCCCUGACUGGCACUGUGACUACGAUAAGGAUUGCGAGGACGGGAGUGAUGAGUUAAACUGCACAUAUGUAUCGUGCACCAAGGGCCAGUUCAAGUGUGAUAACAACCGCUGCAUCUCCCAGCUCUUUGUCUGUGACGCGGAGGACGAUUGCCGAGAUGGCUCCGACGAGGCCAAUUGCUCUUCUGUGAUCCUGCCCAAUUCUUGCACAACUGGCUACUUCCUAUGCAGCAAUCCUCAUGCUUGCAUUCCUGCGUCCUGGCGCUGUGAUGGAGAAAAGGACUGUGGCGACAACUCUGAUGAGAUUGGCUGUGAUAGUAACUCUUGUGAAAGCUGGCAGUUCCAGUGUGAUAACCACCACUGCAUUUUCAAAACCUGGCAGUGUGAUGGUGACUACGAUUGUGGUGACAAUGACACAAGUGAUGAACGCAAUUGUCCAACUACGGUCCGCCCCCCCACUAUUCCACCCCGCCCACAACUACCAACAAACACGUGCGUUGAUUGGAUGUUCCGCUGUAAUAACAAGAAAUGUAUCCCGUACUGGUGGAAGUGUGACUCUGUCAACGAUUGUGGAGACAACAGUGAUGAGAUCGGAUGUGAGCCCAUCACAGUACCUACCAGUUACGUGACUCCAGCCCCUCCCUCCCAAUCUGGUGUCUGUCAGAGCCAUCAGUUCCGCUGUCUUAAUGGGGAUUGCAUUCAAGACUCAUGGGUCUGCGACAAUAUCAAGGACUGUGAACAGGGAGAGGAUGAGGAGCAUUGUCAAGGUACUGUGUUAUGUGACAGCAAGACUCAGUUCAGGUGUCGACAGGAUGGCUCGUGUAUCCCUCUGCGACAGGUGUGUGACGGCAAGUACCAGUGUCCCGACUACAGUGAUGAGAUGUCAUGCUCCCACUCCAAUGUGCCUAUAGUACCAGGCCCCAGUUGUGGAGUAGGAUUGUUCCCUUGUGACAACAAGUGUCUGCCAAUGGUGAUGAUGUGUGACGGACAUAUAGAUUGUACUGAUGAAACCGAUGAACACAAUUGUAACAAUAAUACGAACAAAGUUUACCAGAUUCUAAGAUUCGGAAUAGAAGACAGUUCGACAAAUUCAACCAGUCUAAAACUGUUCUGGUGGCUGCCAGUAUCAACUGGGGUUGUAUUUCAGUUCCUACCUUCAUACAAGGUUGCCAACUCCCCCCACAGUCAGUGGGUGAACACCUCGUGGAUCUCAGAGAGCAUGUAUCGCUUCACUGGCCUGAGGCCCUACACACUGUACAACCUCACUGUCUAUGUCAAGAACACUAACACCAGAGAGAUCUACCCCCCAGCAAAAUUCAUUACAGCUGCCACUGCUGUAGCAGAACCAGAGGCACCCUGGAAUGUGACUGCCAAACAGCUGACUGCAUACCAGGUGCAGGUGAACUGGAUGCCACCUCACGAGUCCAAUGGUCCAAUCACAGGCUAUUCGGUGUGCAUGACUCCCCCAAUCCCUCCCAUGUGCAAGACUGUGCACGGCAGUAAAACCCAGAUACUCUUCGACUCUGAGUUCACCACCAACAACAACUACUCAUUCUGGGUGAAAGCUAAGAACUCACUGUACGAGUCAAACAGUUCGUCUGUGGCUGUAGUACAGUUGGACGAGUCAGCUCAUAUGCUGCCCAUCACAGACCUGAAGGUGGAUGCGCACACGAGCAACAGUGUCAGUCUCUCAUGGACUUCGGUCAAACAUGCCGAAAAGUACCACAUCAAACCUAAGGCCCUGAGUCUUGUCUCACCGGACUCCAUUCUUUAUCCUCGAUUGGCUGUUGUUGACACAUCAUCCUCAAAAUACACCGUGACUGACCUUGCACCUGGAACUGAUUACACAUUCGAAGUGGUGCCCUAUAACAGCAAGUUUGAGGGACAACCGUCGUCCAUUACAACCAGAACUGAUGGAGUUACACUUCCACAGAUCACAGGUUUGCAUGUAGAGCUGGUCAAGUCUCAUGGCACUGCAGUCAAGAUUGGAUGGUCUCCACCCAAUGAUAACCGAAAAGUCUCUUGGGAGUAUGGUAUCUUCUAUGGGCGAAAUCUGAAAGAAUUGCUUUCCAAAGGAGCGUUACGGACGACAAACACGUCAGCUACAGUGCAGGAUCUGGCAGCGUGUGAGUCGUACGUGUUCGCAGUGGGGCUUGUAGCACCCUUGGGAGUGGGUCCACUCAGUAGUAACCCUCAGACUGUGGUUACUCAGUUCAACAUCCGUGCCGCCCCCAAGAAUCUCCGAGUUUUUGCUGACCCUCACAACACCACGGCCAUGUCUGUUACGUGGACUGCCUCUUGUCCCGUUGUUACUGAGCCCAUUGCCUAUGAGAUUACAAUAAUGGAGGUGAACCUAGAUCAGAAGGCAUCAUAUACUAACAUGCCUACCAGUGAAGUGGAUCUGCAGCACACAUUCUUCAUACAGUACGGUGGGAGAUACAACGUAUGUGUGUCAACAUCAGUGAUGGGCUCAGCAGAGGGGCCAUGUGUAGAGUACUGGGCCCGACAGCUGCCCCCACCACACCAGCUUCAGGUCCUGCAAGAGACCAAUGGCAGCUAUGUGCUGUACUGGCGACAAGAUCAGCUGCCUGCCAAUCUUUCCUCCAACGAUUACCACUAUGUUGUACUUGUAUCUCCUGGCAGUUCCCUGAACAUUUCCACAGCGAAAGAGCUGAAGACAAACUCUGCACCAUACUUCUUCUCUCCUGAGGACGAGGACACUAUCUACUCGUACGCAGUGGUGCUGGAAACUAAUGCUGGUUACAGGUCACUGCCCUCCGAGGUUGUUUCGUUAGCUUCCACCAAGGACUCAUGGCCAGCUCUUUUCCACCAGAAAAGCGUGAUGUCGCUAAUCUUGCCUACGCUCCUAGUAGUUGUAGUAGUAUGUUGUGUGCUGGCUGUAGCCCUGGGCUUCAUCUCCAUCAGGCAUCGCCGGCUGCAGCACACCUUCUCCAACUUUGCUAAUAGCCACUUUAGCACUCGUUCUGGGACAGCCACUUUUGGCAGCAAUUCCGAUGGGCUCGGCAACAAUUUGAUAGACGACGAGGACUCGCCAGUGAUCCGAGGGUUCUCUGACGAUGAGCCACUUGUGAUUGCCUGAUCUCCUCGCAACUGUGAUACCUAGAGCUUCUGCUUGUCUACAGUAUUGGGUCUGCUACGACCCUAGUCACUUUUAACAACUAGACCAAAUACCAUUUUAACAGUACACAGAUAGUCAGUGUGCGAUUUUGCGGUCUUUAACCUUUUCAUUAUAAUGAUAGACUGAUGUAAAUUUGUUUAGUUUUAUCACCUCAAGUGUUAAUUGUGUACCUGCUAUUUCAUUCCUGACUAUGAAGAGUGAUAAAUUAAUGUAAAUGUUUGGGGAAAUAAUAAGAUUUAUUCUCUAUUCUUUAUUUAUAACAGAGUGAUUUGAGUUUUUCAGUGAUUAGCAAAUGUGCAUUUAAUAGCUAAGCUAUGUAGACACAUAUUUACAGCAGUUGUACGACAUAAAUGCUUGAGGUAUUUUUAUAAUAGUGUUUAUUCGGUGUGUCUAGUAAAUUAAAUAUAUAUAUUUUAUCUACAAGUUUAAGUGUUCCUGUGCUUUCAGUACAAGGUGUAUUGUGUAGUCCUGUGUAAAGUAUGAUGACACACAGUGAAUCUUAUCUUAUUGAGUUAUAUUUAGUAAGUUAUGUUUGACUUUGUUUCCUUAAAUUGUUUACUGUUGUCUUUCAGUCUGAAUUUUAUCAAUUGUUUUCACCAAAGACAGCACUGUUUGAUUUUGAGAUUAAUUAAUAAAAUAUUUAAAAUA